CUUUUUUUCCAUUUUAUUAAACAAAAUUGACACUUAUUUCUAUUUCUCAGCGUAAGGGUAUUACUGUAAUUUUCAACCACAUACCAGCCUCGCGUUACAAAACCCUAGCCCCUGCUCGUAUUAAAGAACCCUAACACUUGUUACACCUUUCUUUACCCACUCUUCUCUUCGCUCCGUGCAAAUCGCCGCCACCAACCAGCAACAAUGGCUUCGGAAAAGAAGCUAUCAAACCCUAUGAGAGAGAUUAAGGUUCAGAAGCUGGUUCUCAAUAUCUCCGUCGGUGAAAGUGGUGAUCGUCUCACUCGUGCCGCCAAGGUGCUCGAGCAACUUAGUGGUCAAACCCCAGUCUUCUCCAAGGCUAGGUACACUGUUAGAUCUUUUGGUAUAAGGCGUAAUGAAAAGAUUGCUUGCUAUGUUACCGUAAGAGGAGACAAAGCUAUGCAGCUCCUUGAGAGUGGUUUGAAGGUUAAGGAAUACGAGCUUUUGAGGAGGAACUUUAGUGACACUGGUUGCUUUGGUUUUGGUAUCCAAGAACACAUUGAUCUUGGUAUCAAGUAUGACCCUUCUACUGGUAUCUAUGGUAUGGACUUCUACGUUGUUCUGGAGCGCCCAGGUUACCGGGUGGGCCGUCGCCGUAGAUGCAAGUCACGUGUUGGAAUUCAGCACAGGGUUACCAAGGAAGAUGCCAUGAAGUGGUUUCAGGUAAAAUAUGAAGGUGUCAUCCUGAACAAGGCCCAAACAAUUGGAGCUUAGAGUUUGUUGGUUAUGUUCAAGUUUUGGCGAGUUAUAUUUGGCAGGACCCUUUUUUUUCUUUUUUAUGUUCUUUGGGUUGUAACUGUUGAAGGGAAUUUUUGAAUUGGUAGAAUUUGGAUUACUUUUUUGCUCA